AUGAAGAAUGACACAGACCAUGACUUUGCCCCAGCUUCGUCGGCCUCCACGACUGACGACCAAGAUAUCCAUGACAACAUUAACGGUCGCAUGCAUGGACCUAUGAGCGGCUUCAUAAAGAAACACUUCAACAAUUUUCAGUACGUGCGUCAUGAUGGCGAAUUGAAACUCCAGGCAGCCGGAAGACAGAGCUGCAUAUGCGCCAUCCCAUCAAAUGCCCCAUCUCCUGACGAUUUCCUGCAAUGGUUCCAGAAUUAUCUAUCGCAGGAGAGUGAUGGCGCUCGAGGCGAGUGGCACAUAUCCAGAGACAGUAUAGCUUUUGAGCACGAAAGGACUGGCAAUGGUACACGCCUCCUCCUAAACAAGGCACCGUCACCGGCAAACAACGCGGAGAUAAGAUGGGAUCAAGUUCAGAUCAUCGGCCAAUUUUAUCACCAAAGCGGUUUUUCUUACCGGGAUGGACUACUAAGUCUCUGUCGGUCUGCACACGAAGUCUUUGCCAGCCAGCCUACACGACUCUUCUUACACGGCUUCUAUAUACGUGGCUCUUUUGUCGAAUUCUGGGUCUUUGAUCGGUCCGGCUUAUAUUGUAGCGAUGUAUUCGAUAUCCAGACUGACUUUAUCCAAUUCCUCUCUAUCAUUCUUAGUUACCAGCGGAUGACAGACCAGGAUCUUGGAGAACUCGACACCAUUAAGACGGACGAAGGUGGCAGCUACAUGAUGUUUGAUGGUGCGGAGACAAUACCCUCUUUUGGAAAGCACUAUCUCGAAAGAAAGCCAGUUGCGUCUCGUGAAGGAAUUGUUGGCUCUGGAACGACUUGCUAUCGAAUACGAAUGCCGCGGUCGAGUCAGUGGAGCGCCAUCUUGAAGUUCAAAUGGCGGUGGGCAAGGGAGCGCCCAGAGGACGAGCUUUUACGGUUGGCUCACGAGAAAGGCGUCUGGGGCGCCCUCUCGCUUGACUAUUUUGAAGAAGUGGAAAGCACGGCGAAUCUGCGCCAAGGUAUUCGUUGGGGAACACAGAGAAGAUUUUCCACUCUGCCGUCUUCUAAAGGACCCGGACUUACGCUCGAGCAACGACAAGAAGCUACUAGUACUAAGAGAGGAUUUGCUGACUAUACAGAGGAAACAAACAAUUACUUUCAAAAUCGUAUCCUCACCUGUAUCGUUACUUCUCCCGUUGGCCGACCCCUUCACACUUUCUGUUCUCUACAAGAGCUGCUUCAGGUUUUUCGGGAUGCUAUUAAGUGUCACAAAUCACUGUAUUUUGACGCCGCGAUCUUGCAUCAAGAUGUAUCGGCAGGAAAUAUAAUAAUUCUGGAUGGAGAAAACGAAGAAAGUCCCAGGGGCAUCUUGAUAGACCUUGAUUCCGCGGUGCAGCUUCCUGUAGAUUCAGAUAUAGAGCCCGAUAUUACUGGCACCAGGCCGUUUAUGGCCAUUGGUGUUCUAAAAGAGGAACGGCACACUUUUCGACACGACCUAGAGUCAUUUCUGUACGUUCUCCUCUGGAUACUGAUAUCGAACCGCUCAGAUAGUCCCCCAGAGGGAAGCAAGCUCCAGCAAUGGAGCAAGGGAGAUUGGGACGAGCUAGCUGCACGCAAGUGUCUUGACAUGGGGCAAGAUACCUUUCAGGAUAUCUUGAAUGAGUUCCCCCGCGAAUUUCACUCAGCGAAGCCACUCGCCGAAAGUCUUCGGCGAAUAUUAUUUCCUUUACAAACUGGUGUGGAUGGGCUAGAGAUUGGAGAGACUCCAGAGGAUGUAAACAAAUUUUAUGAUGGAAUAAUAGACGCUUUCGAGGGGGCUAUUGCAUCCUACGAUAGAUAG